AUGGAGAGAAAUUUUGUUGCAAACUUUAACGAAGAGGUCAAAUCCAAACCAGUGAAAUUACCAAAAUGUCCAAGUCCUUUGAUCAACAACAAAUCCAUGUUUUGGAUCGAGCCCUUGGGCCUUUGGGUUCCUCUUCGACAAGUAAGUCGCUGCGAUCAGAUGAUAUUACAUUUAUAAAGACGAACUAUGAAAAUCACGGAAGCAUUUUAUGUUUUAACGAUGUUGUCAUCAUUUGUUUCCAGGGAAGAAAAUUGUAUGAAAAAUUUUCGUGCGGAAUAAACCUCUUGUGUAAAGAUCCUGAUCAUUCAAUGGUAUGUGGAAGAUUCAAGCUUUGUAUUCUAGCUUUUCGUUGUUUUUAAUUUGGCUGCAAAGUGUAGUUUUGAAGAAACGAUCUUUCGUUUAGGAUCCAUGCCCGCACAUUCCGAGAUGCGAUCACUCGCGGUCAUGGUCUGCCGUGAAAUUAGAACGGCAAAAAUUCCGCGAAUUAAGAGAGCUAAGAAACAAACAGGUAAACUAUGGCCAGUUUCUACGAAAUAUGUCUUCUGUGUGUUGAAAUACGGCAUUAAACGAACUAUCAGCAAUAGACCACUUGCGUAAUAGACUAAAUUUUGAUCUCAACAAAUAUUUCAUCACAGCUUGAAAGAGCAUCACAAACUUAGUAAUAUUCCAAAGUUUUGUUGCGAAAUGUUGUAAAAUGCGGAAAAUAUAGCCUUGCGAAGUUUGCAAUUUUCAGUCAUUUUAGAUUACAAACGGGAAAUUGACAGCCCCAAACCCUUUGAGGCUGUCAAUUUCCCGUUUGUAAUCUAAAAUGACUGAAACUUGCAAAUUUCGCAAGGCUAUAUUUUCCACAUUUUGCAACAUUUCGCAACGAAACUUUGGAAUAUUACUAAUUUUGUGAUGCUCUUUCAAGCUGUGAUGAAAUUUUUGUCUAGACUUGUUUAGAUCAAAAUUUAGUCUAUUACGCAAAUGGUCAAUUCUAGCUACUUUUUAUGUUUGUUGUUGUUAUAUAUUCAGGUGAAUAUGAUGUUUGUGGUGUUACCCUGAGUGUGCAGCCACACCGGGCAAGCUGAAAAGUUUGCCUGACCACGGUGGGAAUCGAACCCACGACCUUUGAGUUGGACUGGAUUCUAGCUAGUUCGUCUUGUAUCCGCACUAACGCCCGUAUUGGCUAAAAGCUCACUCGCACUCAAUGAGUCGAAGUUCAAUCUGAGCUUCUCUCGAUUGUCAUUGCUGUUUUUGAAUAGCUGGAGGGUUAGUGUCGUACCUUACUAUGUGACUACUCACCCUCCAGCUGUUCAAAAACAGCAGUGACACUCAAGCAAGGGUGGGUUGACUACAAAAUUUUUGUAGUUCGCUAUAACUACAGCUACUUCAAAAAUAUGUAGUCAGCUACAACUACUGCUACUUUUGAACAAAGGUAGUUCGCUACUGACUAUAGCUACUGCUUAAAAAAUGUAGCGAACUAUUUCGCUAUUUCGCUACGCCUACGCUAUAUUUUUUAGUUUUACUGUAUUUGGAGCAUCUAUAUACUAACUCAGACUGUAAUGUAACCUAUAACAAAUAGACUUACGAGUAGCAACAGUAAACACAAAGCAACAUUUUUGUAAUCACUACAGUGCUCAGGAGUGCAAAUUGACUAUUGAGUAUCGAUUUUAAGCAAACCGUAUCUCAAUAUCAUGCUAUUCUAUCAAGUUGUUAACAAUUUUUAAAAGUAGCGAAUAGCGAUUUGCUGUUUGAAAAGUAGUCAACUACUUGGCUACUUUUAGGCAAAAUGUAGUUCGCUAUAACUACAGCUACUGUUUUAAAAAUGUAGUCAAAAACUACUGGCUACUUGAAAAUUGUAGUUCGCUACAGUAGCGAACUACAACUACUUCGCUACUACCCACUCUUGCACUCAAGAGAAGCUCAGAUUGAACCUCCACUCAUGGAGUGUGAGUGAGCUUUUAGAAUACAGGUGUAAGACUGAUGAUACGACUAUAGAGCCCUCUGGCAGGGAUUGAAUCUGCGGCCCUGUGAUUCCGAUGCAGCGCUCUAACCAACUGAGCUACAUGGUCCAGUAAUGUCGACCUCUAAGCCUCUAACCACAAGUUCACUGUAUAUAUACUAAGGUGACGCCAUACCCAGGGGCGUAGGAAGCAUCAAAAGAUUGGGGGGGGCGGUUUCGUGGUGCAGUUUUGGAUGAAAAGGGCACCUGAAAAAUUUUUCCGGAAAUGUUGGCGACUGGGGGUGGGGGACUGUAACCAUACAAUAUGCAAUCUGAAAAUUUUUCACGAACGCAAAGGGCACUUUGCCACCGGAGAGUGGGCAUUUUUUGUGUUUUUCGAAGGAAAAAUAAUUGCAAUAAUAAAAAAAUUCAAUCUGAACAACUUGUUUCACGAAGGCAAAGGGCACUUUGCUACCGGAGAAAGGGCACUUUUGUGUCUUCUGAAAACUUGGGGGAGGACCUUGGUCCCCCGGUUCUUACGCCCCUGGCCAUACCACACAUACUAAAGUGAUGCCAUUUAUUAUGUAGUUACUGGAGAAGACGCUAGAGAGAUAUCGUAACAUGCAAGAAUUCUGGUUGGAACAAAUGAACAACAGGACUGGCAUACUGCAUGCUACACCAUCCCAUCUCAGGUUACAGAAUUUCAGAAAAACAACAGGCAAGAGCUAAUGCAAUAGUAGACAGCGUAGAUAGUACAAUGAGCCGUAGUUUGUGUCUGAACUACCUCCGAAAUGUUUGUAAUUUCUAGGAUUUUUGGCGCCAUUGAACAAUGAAGCGCAACGUCUCGAAAGACUCCAGGAAAGACAUGAAAGACAGCGCGAGUGGGAAGAGGCUUGGAAACUAGCGUGCGAAAGGCGGGAAAAGGCCGGCCGGAAAAAGAACCCUCGGAACAUUCUCCCACAAAUCAUUGUCACGAAUUAUGAAUUUGUCUAUACGUGCGACGAGCACGUGAACACAAGUAAUCAAUCACGUGAUCUAUAUUUUGAGGAAAGCUAUCAUGUGAUAUGCAGGCCAGUUCAAUACAUUUCUGAUGAAAAUUUAAAAACACAAUUUCUAUCAAAUCGAAUGCGAGGAUUUCAAAAUAAGGAACCUACUCCCGGCGUUUGUGUCCCUUAUACGGGAUUCGACCCUACGGAAAAUGUAACCACGAGUUUUGACCCUUCGGAAAAAGAACCUGAGAGUUUUGCAACAACAGAAACUAGGGAGUAUGAACCUUAUACGAGAUUAGAUCAUACGGAUAAGAUACACGGAGAAUUUCCCCCAGGAAACAGGGUAGAUUUUCCUCGGGAUGAAAAUGCUGGUAUAAAAGAUUGCGACGGGAGUACAUCAGAAAGUAGUAUUACGCAAGAUUCCUUAUUGGUGACGUCAUACACUUGUUCAGGAUCAAGCCUUGAUACAGUCGUUGCUGAAGUGCGCAUGACCGAAGAAAUCAAACAUGCAGACAAUACAGGUACUGUAGUCCAGAUAAUAUACACAGCCCGUUAACCUCAUGUACAGUACAGAAAAAAAGUACAUCUAGAAUUUGAGAUUUUGAUUGCGUUCCCAACGCGUUGAAAUAAAGUUUGAACGCGCGCGUCCUCGACGCACUCUGAACGAAUUUGGAACGCGAACGUAGUGUUAAAUUCGAAAUGUAAAAACUAGUUUAGGAAGCAUAGUUAUCAAAUUUUCACUCAUUCACCACGAGACUUACGCAAUUUCACCAAACUGGCAAGGCUCAAAAGUUUUCAUUAUAUACUAAAGGGCCUAAAGAAUUAUCCAAUAGAUUAUUUAACGAAUUUAUAUAUUAUACACUAAACUAGUUUCUUAGUCAUGGAUUAUGUUAAACCAGUCUGUGCGCAUGCUGUUGUUAUUUACCAUGUCUAAACCAUCCUAAUCUUGCCAUCUUUCCCCCCAAUUAUUAAAGCUGAUUUGAUGAGUCGAUUCGUGCCAGUUCCCUUGGGCGUAUCAUCCGGCAGGGUCCUGGAUCCGCAACUGACAGCUUCGUCUGUGCUCGAUGUUUAUCACACCGCUGACCAAGCAAGAUUGCACAACGAAAAAUACGGUAGACAUUUGCUUCUCAUUCAGUAGUUAGUGCACUGUGCGUUUCAUCUCUGACAUCAGGACUUACGUUACGAAUGUAUCAAUGGACCAUUUGCAUUAUAGACUAAAUUUUGAUCUAAAUAAGUCUAGCCAAAAUUUCAUCACAGCUUGAAAGAGCAUCGCAAAAUUAGUAAUAUUCCAAAGUUUCGUUGCGAAAUGUUGUAAAAUGCGGAUAAUAUAGCCUUGCGAAGUUUGCCGUUUUUCAGUCAUUUUCUAUUACAAACGGGAAAUUGACAGCCCCAAAGGGUAUUGGGCUGUCAAUUUCCCCCGCGUAAUGCAAAAUGACUGAAAAACGGCAAACUUCGCAAGGCUAUAUUAUCCGCAUUUUACAACAUUUCGCAACGAAACUUUGGAAUAUUACUAAUUUUGUGAUAGAUCGGAAGAGCGUCGUGUAGGAAAUUUUUGUCUAGACUUAUUUAGAUAAAAAUUUAGUCUAUAAUGCAAAUGGUCCAUUACUACUCCGUCUUUCAUUUGUCUCCAGCACAAAUCACACCAACAUUUCUCGUAUCCUUUCCAGACAAGAAAGGCGGUGCUUGGUUGCCUAGGAAACAUGACGUCAGCCCUUACCUACAAAUUGAUCUGGGUCACGUGACUACAAUACAGCAAGUCGCGACACAGGGCAACCCAGAUUCUGCCGUGAGAAACGAACGACACAAACGUUGGGUAACGAGAUUUAGUUUGGAAUUCAGCCAAGAUGGCAACAAUUGGACAGAGUAUCUCGAAUCUGGGGAGUUAAAGGUAAAAGAGGAACAAAUCACAAGCUUCGUGAUUUAUGGCGCAAAUAAUGUUUCCUGGUUUGUCCACUUUCGGGAAACAUGUCUAUAGAUGGCAACAAUUGGACAGAGUAUCUCGAAUCUGGGGAGUUAAAGGUAAAAGAGGAACAAAUCACAAGCUUCGUGAUUUAUGGCGCAAAUAAUGUUUCCUGGUUUGUCCACUUUCGGGAAACAUGUCUAUGAAACAAUGUUUCCUGGUUAAUGUUUCCUGGUUUGUCCCCCUUCGGAAAACAUGUCUAUGAAACAAUUGCAAUGUUUCCUGAUUUGUCAACCUUUGGAAAACAUGGCUAGAAAACAAUGUUUCCUGGUUUGUCUAUCUUUGGGAAACAUGGCUAGGAAUCAAUGUUUCCUGGUUUGUGCGCCUUCAAGAAACAUGACUAGGAAACAAUGUUUCCUGGUUUGUCUACUAUUGGGAAACAUAACUAUGAAACAUUGUUUUUCUGGUUUGCGCGCUUUCGGGAAACAUGGCUGGGAAACGAUGUUUCCGUACUUCAAAAUGGCUUAUACGUUUGCUUUGCAGAUCUUCACAGGAAAUUCCGAUCUGGAGACAGUAGUUUUAAACAGUUUAGAAAGUGCCGUAGAAACUCGCUACAUUCGCUUUCGACCGAAGGAAUGGCACAAUGGAAUUGCUAUGAGAGUCGAAGUGUUGGGUUUAAAUCCAUUUCCAGGUAAGAAAAAAAUUAUGAACAACCCUGAUUGGUGGAAAGAACGAUGGAGGUAGACUCUUAGCCAAUCACAAAGCUAGAAUGAUGCCAUUUUGGACCAAUCAGUGACGCCCUUGAAGUAGCUGGUUCGCGGCCCUUUUAAAAGUUAUCUCCAAGAAAAAUGUAUGGAAACUUAUAAUUUUAGUUACACUGUGUAGAUCUAUCAGUUUUAAACUGUUCUAAUAACAUAAAUAACAGGGCGUCCCCUCUCAUAAUCACGUGGCACUGAGGUGUAAUUACCAUCGGACAACUCUAUCCAAUCUACCACUAACAUCCCGACACUUUUUUGAAAAACCCCAGUCUUUGAAAAUGGUUUCCGUAGGGGGAACGAAACGUUAGACAAAAUAAAACAUUUUGUAAAUAUAAUCUAGAUGAACAAUACAAUAAAUCCCGAGACUUUGUUGUUAUUUAACAGAAACAGUUGUUGUUGAAGAGCCGGAAAAUAAAACGGCAGAAGAAGAACUAGAUGGUUCUUUGGUAGCGCAAAAUGUAAACGACGACAUCAUUGAUCAAAACCAAAAAACUCAAAUGUUCUUUAGUGAGGUGGAUAUGAAUUCGGAAAAUAUAGAAUUUGGUAAGCUAGCUAGUCCUCAGUAUUAUUUUUGUGUUAUGAUUAUAUUUUUGCGUUAUGGUGUUUUUAAAUAGAGUGAAGGGCCUUCUAGCCAAUCUAACCAAAUUAUUUUUUAUUUAUUCAACACAGGCUUGUUAGUUGAAGAACGUGCAGUUACACCGCCGGUCGUUCAUUCGCCCGCACCAUCUCUGGUUUCCCCUCGUGAACAAAAAAUCGAAAUUGAAGACAUUAUGGAAUCUCUAAUUUGCAGUCAAAAC